CCCACUUCCACCGUCACCACCACCUCGCAUAGUCCUAGUCCCACCACCACCUCCGGAGGAGCCACUCGCCACCGCCCCGCGUGAGCCCUAGCUCCGAUCUCGCCGGCGCCGGGCCCCAGAUCCCACCUCGCGCCUCUCACGUACCCCCGCAGCCCGCAGACGAGGCGCGCACCGCUCGACGCUCCGCCUUCCGUGCCGUGCGUGUACGAAGGUGGCAGCUUUGGGGGUGUAGCGCUAUUCACCCUUUUUGAUAAGUGCCAUGUAGUUUUCGCCUUCUGAAUUAUAUGCACAGGAUAUGAUGCCAAUACUGUGCUCUUGAUUUGAUGAUGGCAAGGAGAUGAAAGUGUCCAAGGUGUGGCCGCGGAGCAGCAAGGACAUGACAGCCAUGCCACCUCCGCGCCACCGUGGCGCUGCCAAGAAGCCAAUGUGGAUAAUUGUGCUGUUGUCAAUGGUCUGUGUUUCGUUGAUUGGGGCCUAUGUGUAUCCUCCACGGCGCUACUCCGCGUGCUACUUCUUCGCUUCAAGUGUUUGUACUCCAUUUAAGGAUUGGCUCCCAGCGGUAACCCGGCGGGAGAAGACAGACGGAGAGAUCAUUUCAUCUGUGGUUAUGAGGGAUCUACUUUCAAUGCCUAUGCCUGUGUCAAAGAAGCCAAAGAUCGCUUUUAUGUUCUUGACACCAGGUUCAUUGCCCUUUGAGAAAUUGUGGGAGAAAUUUUUACAGGACCACGAGGGACGGUAUUCCAUUUAUAUCCAUGCGUCACGUGAAAAACCUGUGCAUUCUAGUUCUCUGUUUGUGAACCGAGAAAUUCACAGUGAAAGGGUAGUAUGGGGGAGGGUUUCAAUGGUUGAUGCAGAGAAGAGGCUGUUAGCAAAUGCGUUGGAAGAUGUUGAUAAUCAAUUUUUCGUCUUGCUUUCUGACAGCUGUGUUCCACUACAUAGAUUCGAUUAUAUAUAUAAUUAUCUGAUGGGAACAAAUGUUAGCUUCAUUGAUAGCUUCCUGGAUCCUGGUCCUCAUGGAACUGGAAGGUAUUCCAUGGAAAUGCUUCCUGAAAUAGAACAAAGGGACUUCAGGAAGGGUGCCCAGUGGUUUGCUAUAAAAAGAAGGCAUGCUUUACUGAUUCUAGCAGACAGCCUUUACUACAGAAAGUUCAAGCUAUAUUGCAAGCCAGCAGAGGGACGGAACUGUAUUGCUGAUGAACAUUAUCUUCCAACGCUAUUCAAAAUGGUAGAUCCUGGUGGAAUCUCUAAUUGGUCAGUGACACAUGUUGACUGGUCUGAGGGAAAAUGGCAUCCUAGGUCAUAUAGAGCUGCAGAUAUUACCUAUGAACUCUUAAAGAACAUAACGUCUUUCGAUGAGAACUUGCACAUUACGAGUGAUGAUACGAAAGCUGUGACAAUGACUCCAUGUAUAUUGAACGGAACAAAAAGACCAUGCUUCCUUUUUGCAAGAAAAUUUUACCCAGAAGCUCUCAACAACCUAUUAAAGCUAUUUUCCAGUUACACGUCUGCUUGAACUCUACACUAUUCUUUGCCAUUGGCCUAGGAUUCCCUAGGAUUUUUCUGUUUUAUGUAAAUUGUGAAAUUGAUACUUAGCUGCUUAACACAGAUCCGGGGUCAGAAACAUGUUGUUGCUGCCUCAAUAGUGAUGUCCUGUCAUUCAGGUUCCCUAGGUAGGGCUGAGGUGCUAUAUGUUUAGUACUGACACUGCCCUCAUUGUAAUCCGUUGUGCCUUCUGUAUGUUUCUCUUAGUCAUUUUUGUCUUCUUUUUUCCUUAUUAGUUUCCUAGCUCCCAUCUCUCAAGGAACAGGGGUUUUGUCAAAGUUGAGCUGUUAUUAUAUGAUCCGUUCUUUUUUGGACCCAGAUUAUGAAAUGAGCAUCACCUUAUAGUUUAA